AUGGACAUAGUGGGACCAUUACUGAAAACUGAAAAUGGGAAAGAAUAUCUUUUGACGGUUCAAGAUGACUUAUUAAAAUUUAGUUUAGCGGUGCCUUUACAAGCGACCGACGCAAAUACGGUAGCUAAAAAUUUCGUAGAACAUAUUGUAUGUACCUAUGGGAUACCAGACGCCAUAUUAACAGACCAAGGGCAGAAUUUUAUGAGCAAAGUGUUCACGAAUACGAACAAAUAUUUGCAGUAAAAUCAAAUAUUGAAAUGUAUAACAAUACAUUUUUUAAUAUAAAUAAAGAAAAAAUAUUACUAAAUGAAAAUUUUAAGAAAAUAAAGAAUCAAUUAAAAAAUACGAAUAGCUUAAUAGUAGAUAUAGAACUAGAGCAAUUUAUAGAACAACAAGUAAUACUGUUCAACUUAAUGUUAAGUCAAGUAUUAUUUGAAGUAGAUUUACUGGGGGAAAUUGUGACAGCAGCACAAGGGGGUGUCAUUCAUUCAAGUGUACUGACUCCGAAAGACAUUUUAGAGCAGUUAAAUAAAAUUGAAGAAGACUUACCAAAACAUAGAGCACUACCAGUUCCAUUAGACAUAAUAGGGGCUCGUAGGCUUUUGAGCAUAGCAGAUGUAGUGUGCAUGUUUAAAAAUAAAACCUUGAUAUUUUUAAUUAGAACACCAUUAGUUGAUGAUUUCGAAUUUACUUUGUAUAAUUUAAUUCCGUUACCAGUAAAAGUUAACAGCAAUCCAUUACAUAUGUAUGUUAAUCCAAAGAUGGAUUACUUAGCUGUGAGUAAAGAUUAUGAGAGCUAUAUUUCAUAUAGAGCACGGGAAUUAGAUAAAUGCAAGCAAACGUCCGAUUAUAAAUUAUGUAGAGGGGAGCAAAUAAUAUAUAAUAGACAUGAAAAAGCAAUAUGUGCGAUAAAAUUAAUAUUAGGAACAACAGAAAUGCCAAAAAUGUGUCAUGUGAGGUACACUACGUUAAUAGAAAAUAUAUUUCACAAAUUAAAAUCUAAGAAUACGUGGGUGUACUCAGUUACGCAAGAACAUAUUGUAUUAGAUUGUGAAAAGGAGAAAACGAGUGCUAAGUUCGCACUUGUGACAAGUUCGCACGUUGACAGGGACAGGUUCGAUAUCGAUAAGGGAUGA